AUGGGUGUCUCUGAGAGUAAGAUAAUCUCGGGCAAACUCAGUUUCGCCUGUAUCAAGGCAGAGGCCCAGGGCUGUGGUAAUAUCGAUGACCUCCUUUCUGACGACGAAAAGUUCACCAAUACUUUAAGAAGUCUCUGGCAAAGGAUGUCUCCAGCACACAGGAAAAGCAUCCAAAAACCUACCAAGUUACCAAGAAGAUCCCGAGCAAAACCCCAACCCCGAAACACCAAUGUUUUACUCAAAUAUUCUCCUCAAUGGGAGGAUGAUAUAAAAAGCUUCCUAGAAGCAGGAAAACAAAUCCAAUCGAACUCAUAUCACCCAGUAGCUGAUUCCUAUAACUUCCUCUCACGUCUGGAAGAGCGCGAAGAGAUUAAUCUCUGGCAUAUACGGUUCCUUGAAGUUAUCUUUCAUCAUUUUUUGAAAGAUUUAUGCGGUUCAUAUAAACGAUCAGAAGAUGUUCGGAAAGCUAUAUCAAUUAUACGAGCAUCUGGAGUUGUUAAGGAUGACGCGAUUUUAAUUGAGAAACGUGUUCUCUCCUGGGGUAACGUUGGACGGAGACUAGAGCUACUUUGUUUUGAGCUCAAAUACAAUCACCACCCAGAUGAUGAAUAUAUAAUCGACCGGAUAGGUGAUAAGAAACAUCUGGGGCUGCUAUUCCGUUUGCCCGGACAUGUUAGAGAUGAUUAUAUGAAGAGGCUUCCUCUCAAUAGUAGCUCGAAAAGAGAUCUAAAAGUCCAGGAACUAAGGUCUUUUGACUUGAGUACAGAUAUCCAAGGUAUUUCCCUGGAUACACUAGCUUGCGACAUCUUCUCAUCUCUGUCGGCUACAUUUGAGCGUCCAAUCAUACGUGAAAGUUCUUCCCAUGAAUCAUGUACUGGUGACAGCCAUGAUAUAAGCAGGAAUGAAACUACGGUUGCACCCUCUCAUACCAUGGAACCCGGUCAAGAAAACUUUGGGGGUAAUGAUCCGUCAGAGGUAUAUCAGCAAUCUGACACGCGAGGUCUUUCACCGUCCUCGAUUGAACAAGAGACAAAUGAUCACGAACGUUUGAAUAAUAGCAUUUCCAAUGAGUGGCCAAACCUGCAAAUGACGCAGGAAUCUCAAGUCCUUCGGGGCUUGCGAUCUUAUAUCCCGCCACGACCCAGAGUGUUACAUAAUGAGCCAUUACACUGCGAUUCUGAUCCCGCCAAUCUCCAACUACAUAUGCAGCAACUGCCAGGCCAUUCACUAUACAACAAUCAAGCCUCCACAGAGCAUACAAUGAUGUUCAAUGCAGCCCAGGUUGGCCAACCACAGGCUGACAUAAACAUGGAAGCCGCUGAUCUACACCCUUAUAUGAGGCAACGACUAAGUUACCUCGUUCCGGAACCCUUAGAUCACACAUGUCUCGGGACGCGGACCAUCUUACAUGGAGCGGUUGUGACUGAAGAGUCUGGAGAAUCGUCGGAUUAUUUUCAAAGGCAAGAGGAUCAUCAUUCAAAUUUGCUACCGGUUACGAGCACCAUGAAUCUUAAUGAUGGGCCUGGGGCGGGACAUUGGCAACCAUAUGACACUUCUUAUCUUCAAAUCUGA